AUGGUGACGGCCGUGGUGGCAGAUGGAGCUGCUCCCACCUCUUCGGGCUCAGUCCUGGGUGAAGAGGCGGAAGGACUACAAAUGGACACUGUCAACAUAUCCGUCCAUGUUGUCCAACCCCUCGCCCACCUCCCCACGCCGGUGGCCCUAGCGGGCGCGACGGAGGUGGAUCCCCAGUCCCAGCCGGCCGCGCCACCCGCCGAGUCGCCGGAGGUGAUGCACCGGACAAGAGCCGUCAACUUCCUCGGAUGCUGCACACCCAUCAUCUACCAAAACGACAACGGCCCCUGCCCGCUCCUCACCAUCUGUAACGUGCUGCUGCUAAAGAAUGUGAUCAGCCUGAACCUGGACGCCAGCGAGGUGUCGCAGCAGAAGUUGCUAUCGCUUGUCGCCGAACGCCUCAUUGAUUCCAACAGCGCCGUACAGGACAAGGAUGAGGAGUACGUCCGCAACCGGGAGCAGAACAUCACGGAUGCCAUCGACCUUCUCCCGCGCCUCACGACAGGCAUUGACGCGACUGUUAUGUUCAGGAAGAUUGAUGACUUUGAGUUCACCCGAGAGCGUGCCAUAUUUGAUCUUCUGGAUAUCCCACUAUACCAUGGAUGGAUAGUGGACCCUCAACUGCACCGUCUAAAUUUUGAUUUACAAUGUCCAAUAACUGUUAUGAUCUUUCUCUUGUCCUUUGGUGGUUGUUUCUCUCUGCACGAAUAG